AUGAGACUCCAUUUGGCUUUGUUGCCUUUCUUUAUAUUCUUAUGCUUUAUAAACCUAAGUAUCAAUAUCUAUGCGACAACAAGCAAAUGUCUUGCUCACGAGCAAUUCUUGUUGCUCAGUAUGAAGCACAACCUUAUAUUCAACCAUGCCAAAUCCCAAAAACUAGUUCACUGGAAUCAAAGUGGUGAUUGUUGUCAAUGGAAAGGAGUAGCAUGCGAAGAGGGACAUGUAAUUGGUCUUGACAUGAGUGAAGAAUCUAUCACUGGAGGCCUAGAUAAUUCAAGUCUCUUCAACCUUCAAUAUUUGCAGAAUUUGAAUUUGGCUCACAAUGACAUCCAUUCUAUGAUUCCUCCAACGUUUGGCUUGCUAAAGAAUUUGAGGUAUUUGAACUUGUCAAAUGCAGGAUUUCAGGGACAAAUUCCAAUUGAGAUUGCUCAGCUAACAAAGCUGUCUACUCUUGAUUUGUCUAUAUCAUUUACCUCGCAACAUACUCUAAAACUUGAGAGGCCAAAUAUAGGAAUACUCAUGCAGAACCUCACAGAAAUCACAGAAUUGUAUCUUGAUGGUGUGAGGGUAUCUUCAAUUGGAAAGGAAUGGUGCAAUGCCAUCUCUUUAUUGCACAAACUUGAAGUUCUAAGUAUGUCAUCUUGCAACCUCUCAGGACCAAUUGAUUCUUCACUAUCAAAGCUUCAGUCUCUCUCAGUAGUUCAAUUGAACAUGAAUAAUAUGACAAGUCCAGUGCCAAAAUCGUUGGCAAAUCUCUCAAGUUUGACAACUUUACAACUUAGUAGUUGUGGAUUGACUGAUGCUUUUCCAAAGGAUAUCUUCCAAAUACAAAAGCUAAAGGUCCUUGACGUAUCAGAUAAUGAAGAUCUUCAUGGUUCCUUGCCAAACUUCCCCCAAGAUGGAUAUCUUCAAACCUUGAAUCUUAGCAAUACGAAUUUCUCUGGGCAGUUACCAGGUACUAUUUCCAAUUUGAAGCAAUUGUCUAUGUUAGAUCUAUCCAAUUGCCAAUUCAAUGGAACACUCCCUGUUUCAUUAUCAGGACUCUCCCAACUUGUUCAUUUGGACUUGUCGUUCAAUAACUUCAAUGGCCCUCUUCCAUCUCUUAACAAGUCCAAGAAUCUCAAAUAUUUAUCCCUUUUUCAAAAUAAUUUCACUGGGCAAAUUACAUCUACUCACUGGAAGGAACUUUCAAAUCUCAUUAGCAUCAAUUUAGGUGAUAACUCCCUCAAUGGGAAAGUCCCCUCAAUAGUCUUUACACUUCCAUUUCUACAGGAACUUGUCCUUUCUCACAAUGGAUUUGAUGGACUAUUAGAUGAAUUCCCAAGUGCAUCUUUCUCCACAUUGCAGUUUGUUGAUCUAAGUGAUAAUAAAUUUCAAGGACCUAUUCCCAGGUCUUUUCUUCAUCUUAGAAGUCUUAGUUACCUCCAUCUUUCUUCAAAUCAAUUCAAUGGCACCAUAAGGCUUGAUAUGUUUCAAAAUCUUCAAAAUCUACAUACAUUAGGUCUUUCACACAACAACUUGACUGUUGAUACCACUUUCAAUGAUGAUGAUGGCCUUCCAUCAUUUCCUAACAUGACAAAUCUAUAUCUGGGUAAUUGCAAGUUGAAGAAGAUUCCUGCUUUCUUGAAAAAUCAAUCUCAAAUACUUGAUUUAGAUCUGUCUAGCAACCAAAUUCAAGGAAUGAUACCCAAUUGGAUUUGGAGAUCUGAAAAUAUGUUUAAUUUCAACCUUUCCAACAAUUUUUUUACAGGUAUGGAAGGACCCUUUGAAAAUCUUAGUUUUAAUACGUUGAUGGUUGAUCUUCACAACAACCAACUUCAUGGGUCUAUUCCUACUUUCAUAAAAAGUGCUGUUCAUUUGGACUACUCAAGCAAUAACUUCAGUAUUAUACCACCUGACAUUAAAAAGUACCUUCGUUUCACAUUUUUCCUUUCCCUUUCAAAUAAUAGUUUUCAUGGAAAUAUUCCUCAAGCAUUUUGUAAUUGUUCUAUUCUACGAAUGCUUGAUCUUUCUCAUAAUAACUUCAAUGGCUCCAUCCCCGAGUGCUUAACCUCAAGAAGCAGUACUCUUAGGGUAUUAGAUUUAGGUGGAAACAAAUUGACAGGUUCUAUAUCUAAUACAAUUUCAAGAUCAUGUAAUUUAAGAUCCCUUAAUCUCAAUGGGAAUUUCUUGGGUGGUACCAUUCCAAAAUCUUUGGUAAAUUGCCAGAAAUUAGAAGUCUUGAACUUAGGAAACAACAUGUUGAGAGAUAGAUUCCCGUGCUUUUUAUGGAAUAUUUCCACCAUUCGAGUGUUGAUUUUAAGGUCCAACAAACUCCAUGGUCCCAUUGGAUGUCAACAUAGCACUCGUAAUUGGACAAUGCUUCGUAUUGUUGAUAUAGCUUCCAAUAAUUUCAAUGGUGCACUACCACAAGCACUUUUGCGAAGUUGGAUAGCAAUGAUGGGUGAUGAAGAUGAAUCACAACAAAUGUCUGGAAAUUUAUUUUUUGACAUGUAUGAUUUCCAUCAUUCUGUGAGGUACAAUGAUGCAUUGGCUAGUAUUGAUAAAAUUCUUGUCAUGAGAAUAGCCAAAAUGUCUGCAGCUCUACCUCGUUUGCAAAUUGACACUCUAUUUUCUUACUUUGUCAAUGCCUACCAAUUGCAAUUUGGGGGAUCCUACCUUGAUUCAGCUACUGUUGUCAAUAAAGGCUUGCAAAUGAAGUUGGUCAAAAUUCCAGCUAUCUUUACUUCAUUGGAUUUCUCAUCCAACAAUUUUGAAGGUCCAAUACCAGAAGAGCUUAUGAGUUUUAGAGCAUUGAUUGUUCUUAACUUAUCACAUAAUGCUUUUUCAAACCAUAUACCAUCAUCUUUAGGACAUUUGAUUCAACUUGAGUCCUUGGACCUAUCAAGUAACUUUUUGAGUGGAGAAAUUCCCAUAGAGAUUUCAAGUUUGUCUUUCCUCGCAGUUUUGAAUCUCUCCUUUAAUCAUUUGGUGGGGAGAAUUCCAUUAGGAACUCAAAUACAAUCCUUUGAAGAAAAUUCCUUUGAAGGGAAUGAUAGGUUAUGUGGACCUCCACUAACCAAAAAGUGUAUUGAUGAUGGGAGACAAGGUUCACCAACACCACCAUCACUUGCAUAUGAAACACAUGGCUCAAUUGAUUGGAAUUUUUUAAGUGUUGAGUUAGGAUUCAUUUUUGGACUGGGAUUAGUCAUCCUUCCCCUUAUUUUGUGCAAGAGAUGGAGGUUGUGGUACAGUAAGCAUGUGGAGGAUUUGCUGAGCUGGAUUUUUCCUCAACUUUAUUUUGUAUAUAAACAUCAUGAAGAGCAAAAGUACAGGUCUUUACAAUGGAGGUUUGGUUGA